CUUGCCUACCUAAGGUAAUUAAUGUAGCUAGACAUUUUCAUUUUUGUAAGACGCUAGCUUCAGUCGUCCAUCUACCUAUUCUCUCUCUCUAUUCUUUUUCGGUGGUUACCUACCUAUCUAUUUAAAUGAAUCCAACCAAUACUUUACUCCAUUUUCUGUAACUAUUUACUAAACCAAUCGCCAUACAUAUACUCCUCGUCUUCCCAGCUGGUAGACUUGUGGAGGGGGCGUGCAAGAACCCCGACUACGCCGAUCAAUGAGCAUUUCUCCAUUACUUACCUACUUACCUACCUACUUACCUAUCAUCUAAUAAACUCCCUUUUUCUGACGUGAGGUGCUACUUGUAAACCCGCUUCAGGUUCAGCCCGAUGAACCCUUUCGCAGUCGGUAUUCACGGAAGACCCGGUAAUAAUCUGGCGCAAUUUAAUUGCUGCCAAUCGAGGACUCUCUACGACCUAAAACCCAACGGUAUUGCUACCACAGUCUCGCCUGCUGUAGCCCUCACAAACACGAAUGACGAGCUUGUCGGCCGGAAGAACCGAUAUCAGUAUGGGUUGGGCCGUGGACGACGCGACAAAUGAUCAUAAGGUUGGGUCGAAUCUGGGUGAAUGGAGCUCGCUCAUUGGUAUUAUAACAGCAAUAUCAGGCAAUGUCUUAAUCGCCCUAGCGCUCAAUGUCCAGAGGUAUUCGCAUAUUCAACUCCACCGUCGAAGAGUCGAGGCGCGGGAGCGAGCGAGGGAGGCUCUGAAGAAGGCGAGGAACGGACAUCAUAAUGGCUACGGAACAACUGAAACAUCUAUCGGCGAUGCACAGAAUAAUAGCGACGAAGUAGCCGACACGGCAGAUGUUCAUCCACUUUCCCAGUCGAUACAAUCGGUCGAUUCUAACUUGACUGAGCAAUCAUGCGACGAUCCCAAGGUUUCUUCGUCAUAUUUGAAGUCUCCAUCCUGGUGGGCAGGUCAGGUCCUCAUGACAAUUGGCGAGAUGGGCAACUUUCUAGCCUAUGGAUUUGCGCCGGCCUCGAUCGUGUCUCCGCUAGGCGUCGUAGCCCUAAUAUCAAACUGCGUCAUCGCACCUAUGUUCUUUGGCGAGAGAUUCCGGAAGCGCGACUUCUGGGGUGUAGUAAUCGCUGUUGGUGGUGCUGUCACGGUCGUGUUAAGCGCCAAGCAAGAGGAGACAAAGUUGGAUCCGCACGACGUUUGGGAUGCAAUCACGACGAUGGAAUUCGAGAUUUAUAUGGGCAUUUCUAUUCUGCUUAUUAUAAUUCUAAUGUGGGCAAGUCCAAGAUAUGGUAACAGGACAAUCCUGAUUGACCUAGGACUUGUUGGACUAUUCGGGGGAUAUACCGCUCUGACAACCAAGGGUGUCUCUUCGAUGCUUUCGUCAACCCUCUUUAAAGCAUUUGCUACCCCAGUGACAUAUGGCCUCAUAGUUAUCUUACUGGGGACCGCAGUUAUGCAAGUCCGAUACGUGAACAAGGCACUACAACGAUUCGAUUCGACGCAGGUUAUACCUAUACAGUUUGUAUUAUUUACUUUAUCUGUAAUUAUCGGAAGUGCUAUUCUGUACCGAGACUUCGAGCGCACAACGGCACAGCAGGCCGUCAAAUUCAUCGGUGGCUGUCUUCUCACCUUCUUCGGUGUCUUCCUCGUUACAAGCGGCCGGCCGCGACAGGAAGAUACGGACGAGCUAUCGGACGACGAAAAUGUGGAAGAGACUAUUGGUCUCCGAGACCAAGAAGCGUCCGGGCCUUACACUGACCGAGCUGAGCAGCCUAGAGCAGACGAACAACAACCAACUUCUUCGCCGCUAUCGAGGCGUCCGUCGUACGUCUCGCGAAACGGCUAUUCAAAUGGAGGUACCAAACCCCUACCUCGCCCGCAUAGCAAAGCCCCUUCAAUCAACAAACCCAACGCGUCAGAUUCGAGAACAUCUCUUCUCCCAACCCCAGCCGAGGCAUCACCACUACUCAAUAACCCAUGGAGAAACUCUCUUGAGGAUCAAUCAUUACAUCCAGGACUACCACUUAGAUCGUCAGCGGAUAGUGUCCCAACGGUAUAUUCGAUAGCUUCUGCCGCUAUAUCGGAACCCCUUCAAUCAACUAUGAGUCUUCCGCAGCCAGUCGUCCCACCAUCAUCUCCGGAUCGACCAACAACUCCACGUGCUUCUCAGACCUCCAGACCACACAGCCAUCACUUUUCUAAUGCCUUUAUUUCUCCAUCACCGCUGUCAUCAACAGUCAGCGCCGUGGUAGCUGAUGCUCUCCUACGUGGCGAAGAGAAUCCAGGUGGCAGAAGAAGGUCAAUUCGACGAACAAGGCCUGGCAUUAGAUCGAGCUUGUUCGUCCCCCACAGUGAGGACGGUAUCAGUUCAGCAGCCGAACCUCUUCUUCAAAGUUAUCGCGACGACGAGGAACUUUCCUACCAGGACGACCCCUUACCAAGCGACCGCAAAACAAUCCGAGGACGAGCACGCAGCCUGAGUAGUACAUUAGGAGAAUUUUUCGGACGGAAGAAGCGGAGAAGAGUUUCGGAUCCAGAAUCGGGUACAGACCACGAGAGUGCGCAUAGCGAUACUUCGAGAGUCGAUCAAUCGACCGACAACUAGAGCAGGCGUUGGUUGAUUCACAAAGCUACAUUCAUAUUAAUAUAUCCCCAGGCGUGCUGAAGUGUCAAUUCUUUUAUGGGUGAGGCGGAGCGGGGUUGCAUUGGAUAGGAGUUUGGUGUCUUCUCAUUGGUAUUGUCGCUAGAGGCAUGCGGCUCCGUCCAUACCCAGCUCGUAUAGGGCUCGUCGGGUUUCAAAGCCCACAUAGAUCUUUAUUAAAGAAGCUAAUCGAGAUAUCCCUUUUGUUUAGGCGUCAGAGUCUGUCGUAUUUAGUUGAUUUAUUCUUACGUGCAUAUACUUUAUUACCAUAGUCUAACCGCAGCAUUUACGCAAUCAAUAUCAGGUCAUUGCAAUGUCUAUCUUAGAAC